AUGGAAGGCGAAGGAGAAGUGUCAGCAGAAAAUAAGCAGAAAGGAAGGUUCCAAAGAAUAUGUGUUUUUUGUGGUAGUAGAGCUGGAUACAAGUCUGCAUUUAGUGAUGCAGCUCUUGAGCUUGGUAAAUUGCUGGUUGAGAGGAGGAUUGAUUUGGUUUAUGGAGGAGGAAGAUUAGGACUAAUGGGUUUGAUCUCUCAAACCGUGCUAAAGGGAGGUCGCCAUGUUCUUGGUGUGAUUCCUAGAGCUCUAUUGCCUCAUGAGAUAUCUGGGGAAACAUUUGGAGAAGUGAAAACAGUUGCAGAUAUGCAUGAAAGGAAGUCACUGAUGGCUAAACAUGCUGAUGCAUUCAUAGCCCUUCCCGGAGGUUAUGGUACCAUGGAAGAGUUGCUAGAGGUGAUAGCCUGGUCCCAACUAGGAAUACAUGACAAACCUGUGGGAUUGUUGAAUGUAGAUGGGUAUUUCAACAGCUUGCUGACCUUAUUUGACAAGGGAGUGGAAGAGGGUUUUAUAGACAACUCUGCAAGGCAUAUUGUAGUCAUAGCAGACACAGCAGCAGAACUCAUAAAGAAAAUGGAGGAAUAUGUACCCAACCAUCACAAGGUUGCUCCAAGAAAAAGUUGGGCAAUGGACCAAUUAUUAUUAGAGCCAACUGAAACUGGAGAGAUAGUAAGAUCAUAG